AUGAGACCAUUCCUUUCACUUGCUUCUCGGCUUCGACCCUUGGCGGGCGCAAUCCAAACUGCAAGAGGAUCGUAUCUGACGUCGCGACUUUAUUCCAGCGCAACCUCCGGUGGAGAUAGGCCUUUGCCUCUCGCUGGAAUUACCGUGGUAAGUCUCGAGCAAGCUAUUGCUGCGCCAUUUUGCACGCGACAACUUGCCGAUCUUGGAGCUCGGGUCAUCAAGAUUGAACGGCCAGGCGUUGGAGACUUUGCACGACAUUAUGACACGCGAGUAGGGGGUCUAGCAUCACAUUUUGUAUGGACAAACCGGUCCAAAGAGAGUUUAGCUCUGGACCUCAAACACAAGAAGGACCAUGCCGUCCUCGUGAAGCUCCUUGAGAAGGCAGAUGUUCUCGUUCAGAAUCUGGCUCCCGGUGCCAGUGCGCGACUGGGGCUCUCUCAUGAGGCAUUGAAAGAGAAACACCCUGGCCUUAUUGUGUGCGAUAUCUCUGGGUAUGGGCAAGAUGGUCCAUAUCGCGACAAGAAAGCCUACGACCUUCUCAUUCAGAGUGAGGCGGGAAUGCUGUCCGUCACGGGCACUGGGAAAGAGCCGGUAAAGGUUGGUAUCUCCAUCGCUGAUAUUGCGGCGGGGAUGUACGCCUACAGUAACAUUCUUUCGGCACUACUGCAGCGUGGGAAAGAUGGCCAGGGCUGCCAGAUUGACAUCUCCAUGCUAGAAAGUAUGGUGGAAUGGAUGGGGUUCCCCAUGUACUAUGCAUUCGAUAAUGCUCCUGGUCCGGCACCAGCAGGUGCAUCGCAUGCGGCUAUCUACCCUUAUGGACCGUUCGAAGCUGGUGAUCGCCAAUCGGUUAUGUUAGGCAUUCAGAAUGAACGGGAAUGGGUCAAUUUCUGCAACGUCGUCCUCUCACAACCAGAUCUAGCCACGGAUCCUAGGUUUUCGAGUAACUCGCAGCGAACACAAAAUCGAGAUGAGCUCAAAUCUAUCAUUCACGGUGUGUUCUCAAAGUUUACGACAGAUGAAACAAUAACUCGUUUAGACGAAGCGUCAAUUGCCAAUGCUAGUGUGAAUGAUAUGAAAAAUGUCUGGGACCAUGCCCAGCUCCAAGCGCGAGAUCGAUGGACCAAGGUUCAAACUCCUGUUGGAGCCAUUCCAGCUCUUUUGCCUCCUGGAUCAACCCAGUUACCUGGAAAAGGCGGAUACAACGCCCAGAUGGGUUCAAUUCCACAUGUUGGAGAGCACAAUGAAGCCAUUCUUGCGGAGCUGGGACUAUCAAAUUGA